CCCACGGCUGGUGAACAGUGUCAGUCGCCAAGUGUUUCCAUACGUUCCGAACAAUAGAUCAUCAAAUAAUGGCAUUAACACCAGUACCAGCCCGUCCCAUGAUACGUCAAAUCGAUACAAUUGUCAGGUCAAUGUGCAAUCAAGCAAUAAGUGCACAGAGAGAGUGUCCGGAAUUAACGAACGUAAGACCCUACAAGGAGGUACCAGGUCCAAAACCAAUACCAAUUCUCGGGAACACCUGGCGUCUCUUCCCAGUAAUCGGGCAAUAUGAAAUCGGUGACGUGGCCAAAAUUUCCCAAAUGUUUCACGAAGAGUACGGUGAAAUAACGAGACUCAGUGGUCUUAUUGGUAGGCCCGAUCUAUUGUUUGUGUAUAAUGCGGAUGAAAUUGAGAGAAUGUAUAGGCAGGAGGGGCCCACACCCUUUCGACCAUCGAUGCCCUGUCUCGUGCAUUAUAAAAGUGUCGCGAGGAGAGAUUUCUUCGGCGACUUGGGAGGCGUUGUGGGAGUACACGGAGAGCCAUGGAAAUCAUUUCGGACACGUGUUCAGAAACCGGUUCUUCAGCCCCAAACCGUACGAAAAUAUAUCACACCUAUCGAAGUUGUUACUCAAGAUUUUAUAGAAAGAAUUGAAAAAAUCAAGGGUAACAAUAAUGAAGUACCUGCGGAUUUUGACAACGAAAUUCAUAAAUGGGCAUUAGAAUGUAUUGGACGCGUAGCCCUUGACGUAAGAUUAGGCUGUCUCGACGACAAUUUAACUCCCGAUUCUGAGCCUCAAAAAAUAAUCGACGCGGCGAAAUUUGCAUUGAGAAAUGUUGCGGAGCUGGAACUAAAGGCCCCGUACUGGAGGUACAUCCCCACGCCCUUGUGGUCUCGAUACGUAAGGAACAUGGAUUUUUUUGUUGAAAUAUGCACCAAGCACAUUGAUGCAGCUCUUGUGAGGCUGAAGAACAAAAAAUCAAUGAAUGAAGCUGAUUUAUCGCUGGUGGAAAGGAUCCUAGCGAAUGAAAAAGAUCCAAAAAUUGCGUACAUUCUUGCUCUCGAUCUCAUUUUGGUUGGAAUUGACACGAUUUCGAUGGCUGUUUGCUCAAUUCUCUAUCAAUUGGCCACAAGGACAGAGGAACAGGAGAAGGUGUACAAUGAACUGAAGCAAAUUCUACCUGAUCCGUCCGUUCCCCUUACAACGAAGCACUUAGAUCAGGCUGUGUAUACCAAAGCCUUCAUUCGGGAAGUAUUUAGAGUAUAUUCAACGGUGAUCGGGAAUGGGAGAACCUUGCAGAAUGACGCUGUCAUCUGCGGUUAUCAUAUACCAAAGGGGGUUCAAGUGGUGUUUCCCACACUCGUUACCGGUAAUAUGGAAGAAUGGGUGGACGAUGCUAAGACAUUUAAACCCGAGAGAUGGCUGAAGGAAGGGGCAGAUGAUAAACUCCAUCCCUUUGCUUCUCUACCCUACGGCCAUGGGGCGCGCAUGUGCCUCGGGCGGCGAUUUGCCGAUCUUGAGAUGCAAGUGCUACUCGCAAAGCUGAUCCGAAAUUACAAGUUGGAGUAUCACUACGAGCCCCUCAAGUACAGAGUGACUUUCAUGUACGCACCAGAUGGAGACCUCAAAUUCAAAUUAGUGAAGCGAUAAUCAGUUUUUAUUGCCUUGUCCAGUUUCAUGUACAAGAAAAUACAAAAAAAUGAGUUCGAAUAAUCUUGAGAUGUUUGUCGUCUAAAAUUGUAACAAAUAUUUAUUCUAAAAUCGGUGUACAAUUUUA